UGUAAGCUCUAAAAUGGCAUUUCGUCUUAUACUAAGCUUCACCACAGUGGUCUUGCUAGUGAGGGCUGAAGAACAUAACGUACAUGAUGGCAUAAAAGAACUCGAGGUUCCAGAACGGUCUAGUGCAGCAGAUGAACAGAGUGGAUCUGUUGUCACUGAUGGUGACCUACAAGAACCUGAUGGCUUCAACGAACACGACAGUUCAGUUGUAAAAAGUACUGACGUAGAGAGCACUGGUGGCUUGGAGGUAUCUGAUCACUCUGCUGUAGUUGGCAGUGACCUAAGGGGGCUUGGCAGUUUAGAACCUGGUAGUUCUGUUCUUGGUGGUGACCUUAUGCAUGGUUUGGAGCAUGGUGACUUAAGAAGACCUGAUGGUAUCGAGCGUGGCGAGUCUAUUGCAGUAGAUGGGGAUCUCAGUGAACCUCGAGUUCCCAGUCAUGGCGACUCUACUGUAGUAGCUGGUUACCCAACAGAACUUAGAGGUGUAGGCCGUGGGAGUUCUGUUGCAGUGGGUGGGGCUCACAGGAGUCACAGUAGAGGGCUGAGCAGUUAUAAAACUAUAAGUAGUGGCUAUCGAGGAUUUGCUUUGCGAGGACAGAGUGGAGCCUUUGGAAUAAAUACCGGACCUCCAAGAUAUGUUGGCUCCAGAAAACAUGUGGCCAUUAUUCCCGGCAGAGUAAUCGUGGUUGGACAUGCCAACCCUGCUCUUUUAAAUCAAAAAGGACCUAAAUCCUAUGGAGGAUACGGAUCAUACGGAAGGCCCAGGCCUUAUGGGGGAUAUAAUUACUACAGACUACCCAGUUACACAGGAUCCUAUACUACUGGAAGGAAAGUAGUGUACCCCUCGUAUAAAAUCCCAUACAGAGGCCAUUAUAGCUAUGGUGGCCGGUAUAACUAUGGUAGCCUUCACGGCAUCCGUUAUAGUUAUGGUAACCGAUAUGGUCAUGGUGGUGGCGGUCAUGGUUAUGGUAGGUAUGGGUAUGGUGGUCGUUAUGGGAAAUAGAAGUAUUCGACCUUGAGGAUUUAUCAUGAUAUUACGAUUAAACUAUACGUCAUUAGCAGUCGACUUAUGUCUUCCUGUCUCUGAUUAAUGCUUUGUUCAACAGGAGGGUUCAUCGGAACGAUUUCAUAAUUUUUGUUUUUUUGUAAAAUACUGAUUAUUAAAAAAAAAAUAUGCAUUUUAAAAGACGAAUUUCCUGCUUAGCAGCAAUGGGCCAAUUUUAUAAAGCCGUAGUUGAAAGCCUUCCCAAAAUAUGAUCUCGAAAUCAUAUUUCUACAAAUAAACUGAUCAGAAAUAAGUAAGUACAAGGUACUUAGAUGAGCACAAUCGUCAUAUGAUUUUAUCACCGAAAUGAACAUAUUCAAUGACACUGAACUGCCAAAAUUGUAAAGACUGCAGACGAAAAUUACUAAAGAAAAAUUACCUAAAUUUAGCUAACUUCAACUUCCAAAGGUGGGCCAUGGGGCUGUUACCAUCCCAUGAAUGUAUA